UCACACAUGACAGACUCAAAAUCAAAAAAAAAGUUUUUUUGCUUUGUUUGUUUACUUUACUUAUGUAUGUCCUUGGAAAUUAGCAAUUAACCAAUCUUAUACUAUUUAAUCAUUUUAUGACUUAUUCCUUAAUAAAUACUAAAAUGUCGACAGCUGAAGUUACGGAAAUUUCUAGCGAAAGUCCUGUUAAACCAGAAGACCUAAAAACUGUACAACUUCUCGCGAAAGGCGUGAUGGAAAUAUACGAACCACCUUUGGCUACUUUAAAUACGCAUCUAAAGGAAUUGACUGAGAAACAAGAAGCUGUACACAAUAUGAUAUCAUCAGAGAGAAGGCGACUGGAAGAUUUACAAAAUGAUGCAAUGUUAGAUGCACUUCUGGCAGAUAUAGCAACAAACAAAGAGAAGCUAACAUCAAUAACAAACUCUAUGAUGACUGUACAUAAAAGAGUACAAUCUUUGCAGGUACGAGCUGCAAAUGUAGAAAAAGUUGCGAAGAGUAAAAGCCAGCCUAAACCAACAAGUUAGCAAAAUUGUAUUUAAAUAUCUAGCCUAAAAUGCUAAUUCUGCUUGUAAAGGUAGGUUAAUAACUACUUGGUAUUCAGGUAAGGUACCUACUGAAGUAAGUAAAAAUUGUAAAAAAACCUUUAAUGUGGGAGGAUUUUACUGCAAUGUUAUUUAGUCCUUUAUGAUAGUAACCUAAUUAAAAAUGCUUCAUAAAGCAUUAGUUUGUUGAAAUUCGAAAAAAGAAAAACACAAAUCAGAUACUUAUUUAUUUUUAUUAACUGUUAAAUAUUACAAUUUUAUUAAAAUUAACGCUUAAGUAUAAUUAUUUAGACCAACAAUAAUAAUUAAAAAAAUAUAAAUAUGCAUUGUGUUUGAAAAUGCAGGUUUAACUACAUGUCAAUUUUGUUUGGUACAGUGCAAUCCUUUUACAGUAACAGCUGCAUAGGUGCAUAUGCACAAAUCUCAUAAUAUCUUAGUGCAAUAUUAAAACAUGUACCUAAACUAUGCAUUCCAUAAAAUACAUUUAAAAUGUUAUUCUAAAAAUAUAUACUGUCUAUUAAGUGUAUAAACUAUAAACUAAGUAGCUAUAAGUUUAAUGAGAGAAUAAAGUUAUUUU